AUGGCCACGGGGGGUGCAUCCUGCCCCGUGUCAAGCUACUUAGCUGGGAAAGCGGUUACGAAAGGAAAGGGCCUAAGUGCGGCGGGGCUGGCAACGCUUGCCCAAUUAGCUAAAGGCAAUAACGACACCAGUGAAGACUGCCUGACCCUUAAUGUGUGGACAAGGCCGCAGACUAGAGAUGAGAAGAAAGCCGUGGUGAUAUGGGUUCACGGCAAGGGGUAUACGACCGGAUCUUCAUCUGAUCCAGUAUAUGAUGGGCAGUUCAUAGUGAACGAGCAGGACAUCAUUCUCGUGACCUUCAACUACCGCAUGAACAUCUUUGGCUCCCCAAACCCUCAUUGGAGAUUCUGCUGUUUCGCCUACGUCGACGACCCCAUCAUCUCCGGCAUAGCCCUCCUAUCCGGAACCACCUCACUCAGCGGAUGGGAUCCCGACUCGUUGCCAAAAGCCGAUAGGGACUGGAACAGUUUAUCGCCUGCAUGCGCAACAAAACCACCGCCGAGAUCACUGCCGCCAUUCCAAUCACCACUAACCCGUAGCAAAGCCUUCUUCCCAAAUAACGACGGCAAGACGGUCUUCUCCGACUACUACGAGCUCGCCAGGACCGGCAAGUUCAUCAAGGUGCCCCUCCUCAUCGGCAACACUGAUGACGAGACGGCCUACCACCGCACCAUGGCCGACGUCUUCGCCCCUUCAUACGGAUACGGCCAGACAAAUUACGAUAACGAGCGCCGCAACUACUACAUCUGCCCCGCAUCUGAACGCGUCAGGCACACCACCGACCUCGGCGUCCCCACCUGGCGCUACGGCUACUUUGGUGACUUCAAGGACGCCCGGCUCACGACAGCGGCGCAUGGCCGGGCCUACCACGACUCAGACGAUGCCGACGAGCUUAAGCUGGCAAAUUACGCGCGUGGUGCUCUGGCGGCGUUCGCACGCAACCCCAAAACCGGACUGAAGACCUACAGAUGGCCGCAGUAUAACCCGAAGACGAAGUCGCUGGUUCAGUUAGGGAAGGAUAAUAAGGUAGGGACGUUUACUGUGACUCCUGCGGCCUUCGAUACGGGGUGUCUGUAUUAG